UGAAAGCACCAGAGCCGUCAAGAAACUGCCCAUGAAACGUGUCCUUCUUCGCUUUCGGCCCAGCCAACCCUCAUUCUGCCUGCUCUCAAAAUCACACGGUCCUAAUUCAAACCGGAGACAAGUCCCAUAUUAGUAGCUUUCAAAGCAAUGCCACGCCACCUAUUGAGAGGGACAAACAAGAAUACCUCCUUAAACCUCUCUCUCUCUCUCGGAUGCAGCAGCAGACAUCCAGAUUCGCCAGCAGCCGGCCAUUCAGGAAACUGCCGGAAAUUAAAUAUUGUGUCAAACAGUACGAAAUUCGUGGAUCACGCCAUUUCACAAUUGGUUGGGCACGUAACUGGGUGAUGUCUUGCAAUCUGUGCGCCCCAUUACAAAAAGCAGCCCACAUGGAAUCUCAGCGUGGGCUGUCUUGAUUCGUUCGGACAUCACUCGUUGUUGGGGGAAAACUUAUUUUCUGCUAAUGCCCAUCUGGUGAAAGAACCGAUCUUGUUGUCGCCCAUUUAAAAAGGUGAUAUUGUGAUCUUGGUCCUUCUGACUUUGUUCCGGUACACAACGCGAUAUGGCCUUUCUUGUUUGAGGAAAGCAGUGACAUGGUUGAAGAGGUAUGGGUUCUUCUGGGAUCUGUCCGUAGGAGACGUUGGUCCAUGUGAUGAGCAUUGGACAAUAAAAAGGGCGCAGGUUUUUGCUGGGGGAACAAACAUGCAAUUAAGGGCAGUGGCGAUGGAGGAAGGGAAGGAUGCCAUUGCUAUUAAAGCAAAUCAAUCUAAUUCUAGGGUUUUGCCAUUGCGGGUUCUCCAGUUCUUUGUGUUGUUUCUAUUCGUCAGUCUCGGAUUUUCUGUUGUUAGUAUGUAUGCUGUGAAAUAUUUCAAUGUUCAAGGUCGAAUUCUCGUUCCGGUGGCAGAGUCCAACAUAAGACCUUGCUUUGAAGAGUCUAGUAGGCUGUCGAGUUGGAUUAGGCCGCCGUCGAAUUUGUUGCAUACCAUGAACGAUUCUGAGCUAUUUUGGCGGGCGUCUUUCAUGCCACGAAUAAAAAAUUACCCAUUCAAGAGAAAACCCAAGAUCGCAUUUAUGUUCUUGACAAAGGGUCCGCUGCCGCUGGCACCUCUCUGGGAGAGGUUCUUCAAGGGGAAUGAGGACAAGUAUUCCAUCUACAUCCACUCGCAUCCAUCUUACCAUGUUGAUUUUCCGCCAAAAUCGGUCUUCCACCAGAGACAAAUCCCAAGCCAGGUGGCGGAGUGGGGGAUGAUGAGUAUGUGCGAUGCUGAGAGGAGACUCUUGGCUAAUGCGCUUCUCGAUAUGUCCAAUGAAUGGUUUGUCCUGCUGUCUGAAUCCUGCAUUCCUCUACAAAACUUCAGCGUCAUCUAUCUUUACCUACUGAGGUCCAGGUACAGCUUCGUGGGCUCAUUCGAUGAAGAUGGGCCUUAUGGAAGAGGUCGCUAUAACGAAAAUAUGGCCCCUGAAGUCAACCUCACUCAGUGGCGUAAAGGUGCUCAGUGGUUCGAAGUAAACAGGAAACUUGCUUUAGACAUAGUUGUAGACACCAGGUACUACCCCAAGUUUAGAGAUUUCUGUAGACCGGCUUGUUAUGUGGAUGAACAUUACUUUCCCACUAUGUUGGCAAUUCAGUCCCCUCAUCUUUUGGCAAAUCGGACCCUCACUUGGGUGGAUUGGUCAAGGGGCGGUGCUCACCCUGCUACAUUCGGGAAGGCCGAUAUAACCGAAGAAUUCUUCAAGAAGAAAAUUAAUGAGCGUAGCACAUGCUUUUACAAUAACCAACCAUCUUCACUAUGUUUUCUCUUUGCUAGAAAGUUUGCUCCCAGUGCUUUAGAACCCCUUCUAGAUCUUGCAUCAAAAGUUUUUGGCUUUUGAUGGAUGCUCUCGACUCACGAGAUGGACAUGGAUAUUUGUCUAGCAGUAGAAGUUAUAUUCUUUAUAAGCUGAGUAAUUGGAAGCUAAGUUCAUUGUAUUAGUAUCAAAAUUGAGAGGCUAUUUUUGUAUGUUGCAAGUAUUCUUGAUAUACAUAGGUUAGAAAGAAGGUAGCGUCUUGGCUUACCUUGGAUUUGGAUUUGAAAUCUUAGAAAAACUUAUAUAAUGCUUCUAUAAAAAUUUUAUACGGAACCCUCAUGUUGGAGGAAACACAAUGUGCAGUGAGAUCUUCAUCAUAUGGAAUCGAAUUGUUUGCA